AGCUAUGAAAACGACCAAGUCAAGCAUGUUUCUCCCGUUCUGUGGAAUGUGAUGAGGAACAUUUGGCUUCAGAGUACUCGGAACCUGAAUUGCCGAGGCCUUGGAGCCCAGCCCUGACCACCAGUAAGCCCACAACACAAUGAACAAAUUGAACUUUCAUAACAACAGAGUCAUGCAAGACCGCCGGAGUGUGUGCAUCUUUCUUCCCAAUGAUGAAUCUAUUAACAUCAUCAUAAACGUGAAAAUUUUGUGUCACCAGUUGCUGGUCCAGGUGUGUGACCUUCUCAGGCUAAAAGACUAUCACCCCUUUGGACUUAGUGUCAUACAAAAUAAUGAACAUGUGUAUAUGGAGUUGUCACAAAAGCUUUAUAAGUAUUGUCCAAAAGAAUGGAAGAAAGAGGCCAGCAAGGUACGCCAAUAUGAAGUCACUUGGGGUAUUGACCAGUUUGGACCUCCUAUGAUCAUCCACUUUCGUGUACAGUACUAUGUGGAAAAUGGCAGAUUGAUCAGUGACAGAGGAGCAAGAUACUAUUAUUACUGGCACCUGAGAAAACAAGUUCUUCAUUCUCAGUGUGUGCUCCGAGAGGAGGCCUACUUCCUGCUGGCGGCCUUUGCCCUGCAGGCUGAUCUUGGCAACUUCAAAAGGAAUAAGCACUAUGGAAAAUACUUUGACCCAGAGGCUUACUUCCCAUCUUGGGUUGUUUCCAAGAGGGGGAAGGACUACAUCCUGAAGCACAUUCCAAACAUGCACAAAGAUCAGUUUGCACUGACCGCUUCCGAGGCCCAUCUUAAAUAUAUCAAAGAAGCUGUCCAACUGGAUGAUGUCGCUGUUCAUUACUACAGAUUAUAUAAGUACAAAAGAGAAAUUGAAGCUUCACUAACCCUUGGGUUGACAAUGCGGGGAAUUCAGAUUUUUCAGAACUUAGCUGAAGAAAAACAAUUACUGUAUGAUUUCCCCUGGACUAAUGUUGGAAAAUUGGUGUUUGUGGGUAAGAAAUUUGAGAUUCUGCCUGAUGGCUUGCCCUCAGCCAGGAAACUCAUCUGCUACACGGGGUGCCCCAUGCGCUCCCGACACCUCCUGCAGCUCCUGAGUAACAGCCACCGCCUCUACAUGAAUCUGCAGCCUGUCCUGCGCCACAUCCGCAAACUGGAGGAGAAUGAAGAGAAGAAGCAGUAUCGGGAAUCUUACAUUAGUGACAACCUGGACCUUGACAUGGACCAGCUAGAAAAGCGGUCACGGGCCAGUGGGAGCAGUGUUGGCAGCAUGAAGCACAAGCGCCUGUCUCGUCAUUCCACCACCAGCCACAGCAGUUCCCACACCUCUGGCAUUGAGGCAGACACUAAACCCAGGGACACAGGGCCAGAGGACAGCUACUCAGGCAGCGCCAUCCACCGCAAGCUGAAAACCUGCAGUUCUAUGACAAGCCACGGCAGCUCCCACACCUCCGGAGUGGAGAGUGGCGGCAAGGACCGGCUGGAGGAGGACUCGCAGGAUGAUGAAAUAGAGAUGUUGGUUGAUGACCCCAGAGACCUGGAACAGAUGACUGAAGAUUCCUUGGAAGUCAGCCCAGACAUGUGCAUUUAUAUCACCGAGGACAUGCUCAUGUCACGGAAGCUGAAUGGACACUCUGGAUUGAUUGUAAAAGAAAUUGAUUCUUCCACCUCCAGCUCUUCAGAAACAGUGGUGAAACUCCGUGGCCAGAGCACCGAUUCUCUUCCACAGACAGUAUGUCGAAAGCCAAAGACAUCCACUGAUCGGCACAGUUUGAGCCUUGAUGACAUCAGACUUUACCAAAAAGACUUCUUGCAAAUCGCAGGUCUCUGUCAGGACACUGCUCAGAGCUACACUUUUGGAUGUGGCCAUGAACUAGAUGAGGAAGGACUCUACUGCAACAGCUGCUUGGCUCAGCAGUGCAACAACAUCCAAGAUGCUUUCCCAGUCAAAAGAACCAGCAAGUACUUUUCUCUGGAUCUCACUCAAGAUGAAGUUCCAGAAUUUGUUGUAUAAAGUCUUUCUGCUUGCAGCCCUACAAGCAGCCUGCUGUUUGCAAGAGGCUGUAUAAGCCAUGGGUUCCUUUAACUAUUACUUAUAUUUUCUUCAUCCCAAACAAUGCUCUUUUCUUUUUUAUUUGUGUUGGAAAUAAAAGCCUUGGGACAAUUGCACUUUAAAUAUUAUGCAGAAGUAAACUGCAAAAAUCAAACAGCAACACGA